GCGGCGACGCUGGCGUCCCCGGAGCCUGCGGAGGACGGCGGCGACGGCCCCGACGCUGACGGCGGCUGUCGGGGGGGCGGCGAGGACGCCCGCGGCGCCGGCUGGGGCAUCACCGCGGGCCUCGACCCCGAAAUGGCGCUGCUGGCCGAGCACCUCCUGAAGCCGCCGCCCGCAGACAAGCAGAUCGAGACGGGGCCCUUCCUCGAGGCCGUGUCCCACCUUCCGCCCUUCUUCGAUUGCCUCGGGUCCCCAGUAUUUACUCCCAUCAAGGCGGACAUCAGUGGCAACAUCACGAAAAUCAAGGCCGUGUACGAUACCAACCCCACCAAGUUCCGGACCCUGCAGAACAUCCUGGAGGUGGAGAAAGAGAUGUAUGGAGCACAGUGGCCCAAAGUGGGGGCCACGCUGGCGCUGAUGUGGCUGAAAAGGGGCCUCCGCUUCAUCCAGGUCUUUCUCCAGAGCAUCUGCGACGGGGAGCAGGACGAGAACCACCCCAACCUCAUCCGCGUCAACGCCACCAAGGCCUACGAGAUGGCUCUCAAGAAGUACCAUGGCUGGAUCGUGCAGAAGAUCUUCCAGGCAGCGCUGUACGCAGCCCCCUAUAAGUCCGACUUCCUGAAGGCACUCUCCAAGGGGCAGAACGUGACAGAGGAGGAGUGUCUGGAGAAGAUCCGCCUCUUCCUGGUCAACUACACGGCCACCAUUGACAUCAUCUAUGAAAUGUACACCAAGAUGAACGCUGAGCUCAACUACAAGGUGUAGACGUGCCCGGCGGUGGCACUUCCGGGGCCUGUGGCCUCCCACCAUGGCCACGCGCAGACACAGGCAAAUCCAAAUCACUGUGAAUCCAGCCAGCGGGCUGCCCCAGGCCCACGUUCCCCAAAAGCGGCCCAGAGUCCAGCCGGGGACUGCAGGGGACGGCCCUGGCUUUUGAAAAGUCAUGUUUUGUCUAUUCUACUGGAGCAAUAAAUAACGACCCCACUUCUGAAUCACCUUUGAAUUUCACAGCAGCACAGACUGACUUUAUGCCUUCAUUUCAGUGUGGUAAAAACCAAUUAAUGUUUCUAAUAAAUCAAGUCCUAGGGUUUUUUGUUCCCCCCGCCCCCCAUGCAGAGCACGACUCUGGGGGAAGGGGGUAAUACACCUCACGUUCAAAAUAAGCACGUUUCCUUAUGAGGAUCGAGCUGAAUGAUGUUUGGGGUAUUUUAAGGACUAUGAUGAGUUUGAUUUGAAAUUAUGCAGGGCUCUUCAGUUGGAAUUUAAAAACGAAAAAGCAAACUGGUGUGUGUUCUCAUGUGGUUUGCACCACCCAGCCUUCUGGCACUGUUAUUAUAGAUCCUAGUCUUUCUGACUGUCUUUUGCCAGACAGAAUUUUUUAUAGCUGAAACAAGCCAGCAAGCCUUUGAUGAACCCAGGGGCGUUUAUUUUAAAGCGAUUGGGCACAAAUAAUC